AUGUCUGAGAAGUACCGAAGUAUGGAGGCUUCGACGGGCACUGAUUUUAUGUCUGAAGCCUUGUCUCACGGCGGGUGUAAGACAAGAGCAGCCCCUCCAGACGACCAGAAAACACCGAAUGAACAGGCUCCCGAGAAGCCUGUCAUACAUCUUGGUGAAGCACCAGAUGGAGGGUUGACUGCGUGGCUGGUUGUUGUUGCUGCCAGUUUGAUUUUAUUUUCUACAGUUGGUUUAUCCAACGCAUGGGGCUUCUUCCAAGCGUAUUACGAGGAAAAAUUACUACGUCACAUUUCCCCUUCAACGAUAGCAUGGAUCGGUUCUACGCAGUACGCGCUAGUAUACCUUCCAGCGCUUGUGACAGGACGACUGUUUGACCUAGGAUACUUCAAGAUACCAUGCUUCGCCUGUAGCUGCGCCAUUGUUGUGUGCACCUUCCUCAUCGCGGAAUGCACACAAUACUGGCAGUUCUUUCUCGUACAAGGUCUCGUUUUUGGAAUAUGUUGUGGUAUCAUGGUCGGCCCCGCGCUUGUCGUCGUCUCGCAUUGGUUCUACAAGAAACGUGGCCUUGCUUUGUCGCUCACUGCCAUUGGGGCUUCGUGCGGCAGCACAAUGUUCCCUGUAAUGGCACAAAAUUUGAUUCCAUUAAUCGGAUUCAAAUGGACCGUCCGUGUAUUUGGAUUUAUUCUGAUUGCUACCCUAGGGGUGAGCAACACAUUGCUAAAACGACGGCUUCCACCCGCCAAUGUUCGUGGAGGGCUCUUCAAUCUCGAAGUAUUCCGCAACACGGCAUAUUCCAUAUUUUGCAUUUCAGGGAUAAUGGUAUUUUUAGGACUUUAUACAGAGCUAACAUAUAUCUCUGUGAGCGCCGUCGCAAUGGGUGUCUCCAAAGACUAUUCAUUCUAUAUUCUUGCGAUUGCCAAUGCUUCAUCUAUAUUUGGACGUCUGACGGCUGGCCUGAUUGGAGACAAAGUUGGCGCACUCAACACCAUGGCAGCUUUCACUGCUGUAGCGGGAAUUGUCACUUUCACCUGGCCAUUUGCUAAAAAUGAAACCCAACUCAUUGUAAUAUCCUCCAUCUACGGCUUCUCUACAGGAGGAUAUGUAUCUCUAUUCACUGUAGUUGCCGUGGCAAUGGGAGAGAUCGAAGACUCGGGGCGCCGAGUGGGAAUGUUCAUGUCCCUUGCUGCAUUUGGAGCCAUUGCAGGUCCUCCAAUAUCAGGCGCCAUCAGUACUGCAUCAGGAGGGUUUGUCGAAGCCGGUUAUUAUGCAGGUAGCAUCAUUAUGUGUGCUGUGGUAUUGCUACUUUGGGCGCGAUACCUGCACCUCGAAAGUCUACAGGAGAAGUGUUGA